AUGACAGCUCACCAGAAGUCAGAAGAUAUUUUAGGGCCAAGAGGCUCAUUUGAAACUAAACUCGAACAGUCACACGAUCGCGCGAUCGAUCUUGAAAUUGGAGAUAAUGAUGCUGAUUUCGCAGGCAGCUGCCAUGGAAGCGCGUGGAACUCAAUUGUAGGACCGCUGGAUCCAACAUCUUCGAAGCUGCAUGUCUUAUUGGUGAUAUUCCGUGUCCACUGUAACAGUGAACCGAACACACGAUCCCCACCAGGUGCUGCCCGAGCCGAGGUCCACGUGAGCUGGAUUCACGAGACCAGCUGUAGUUGCGCUUGGGUUCUGGCAGGGCCCGACGGAAUGGCACUGGGGGCACAUAGCAUCUGGGAGUGGACUAUUCACUGGACGUUACGGAAUGACUACAUUCUGUCAGCCAAGACCACCAGUAGGCGUACGUAUUGCAGUAAUCUCGUCAUCGAGCGCGCCAACAUACCCGAGCUAUGGCUAUCAGCCAUAUCUGAGCUCGGCCACCCAGACCACGACCACAGUCCACCCCUGCCUUCCAUGAUCAUCUCGUGCGUUUCAGCUGCCCGGAGUACUCAGGAAGCAUUCGAUUCCCGGCCCACAAGAGAUGUGCACAAAGUGUCGUUCAUUACCAUAAAUCUAGAUCAAACCACGUCACCCGUGCAAUUUUCAAUCCUGUCUCUACCUCCUAUAGAAGCUUCGAGCCAAUUCCCACCACCCGUUAAGAGCUCUAAAGGGCAUGAUCUAUCUAUCGGUAGCGGCAACAUGAACAGAGACCGAGACUCUGAUCUAGCAACAACUAGGUACCAUUUUGUGUUCAGUACAGACCAACCAGGCGUGCGCAGCCAUGCGAUGCGGCAAUUCUGGAGAAGAAGGCAUGAAGCCCUUCAAAGCGUCGCUCAGAUACCUCGAACUCAACCGAGAACACUACUGCCGAUAUACUAUGGCGCACAUAGUAGAGGAUGUCAGCAGAAUGGGCCUGAGGCACAGAGUCUGGAUGCUCAAGAGUGUGAGGGGGAAUCAGGGUUCUUAUACGUGAUGAUUCCGGCUUCAGACGUAGAUGUACGCCAUAGGCAGCAUUAUUCGAUCGUUCAGGGACCUCGCCCCAAGUUCCCAAUCGAUCUGUCUACCCAAGACCAGGAGACUUUUUCAUCAUGGCUCGAUCUGCAUGCAAGCUUUGGCCCCAAAUUAUCGCACAGUACAGGGUUCGACCCCGUGCGAGAUGUUUGGUUACCUUUGGAUCUCUCUAACAGUGCCUCGUUUUGUGCUCUGAUGGCACAUGCAGCAGCACAUGUCGCACAUCUUCAAGGGCAGGCAAAUACCAUACAAUCGGAGAAAUUUAGAAUGCUGGCGGUGGGAAUCAUUGCAAAAUGGCUUGCGGAUGAGAGGUCGACACAGGACGAGACUAUUUUUGGCGAUUGCACGUCUUUUGAUAAAUACUGGGUAAUUGACGACUAUUGGCGUGCCCACGAAAACGGCCUUGUCGGUGUUAUAAAUGCAAGGGGCGGAGUAGAGAGUUUCAGAUCGAGUUGGCGUCUUCAUAUGGCUCUCUUCCUUGCAUUCUCUCUGCCAGAGCCUUCAAGGCGUUCCUCAGCAGCGCAUGUCUGGGAAAUCUCAGAAUACUUCUAUCCGGCCGCUGUGCAUCCAGCAAUGGAGCUUCGACUAAACCAGUAUAAGCCGAGGACCUUCCGAAGCCUACAGAUCUAUCCUGAUAUUCAUGAAACUGUAAUGUUCCUGGCGAUGCCAGCGGAUGUGUCGACAGACGCGUCACCCAGCAUUCAAGAUCACGCGCUACUCUCUUUAUUUAUACUUUCUGUGAUAGUUCAGGAGUCUCUGUACAGUUUGUGCCCGGAUUUCGGUCACUCCUUCCCCGACAAACUAACAGUACUGAACGAAGCUCUAUGCAAGAGCAAAGACACAUGGAGAGGCUGCUCACAGAAGCUAUAUGAGUUUCUAAUGGAGAACCAUUUUAUUCUACGGCUCAGCCCCUCGGCUCUCAGUUUUAUCAUAAAAGUGGCCCAGAAUCUGAUAUAUCUAAAUGAAGAAGCACGAGCAGCUAUAAAGAAGUGCCUGCUCAAUAGACUUCUUUGGGAUAGUGGGCAUGCCAUAUUGGAUAUUCAAGGCUGA